UCCAGUAUAGGUAGUGUUGAUUCCCAGUCAAAUUGGAAUAGUAAUCUUGUGGUAAACAAAAUUUUAAUUGUCGAUAUUACGAUGUUACUAAUUCUAUUUGUUUGUUAUUGCCAAGUAUCUCUUGUGAUGGCGGUGUCAAUACCUAACCCUCGGGUAUGUGUGAUCGGCGCUGGCAUCUCAGGGUUGUCUGCGGCCAGAUACCUGAAGGCGGCUGGUGUCAACUUCACGGUGCUGGAAGCGACCAGAUACAUCGGAGGCACUUGGAGAUACGACCCCAGGGUCGGCUUCGAUGACCAUGGUUUGCCGGUGUUCACCAGCAUGUACAAAGAUUUGAAAACAAAUUUACCAAAACCUACGAUGGAGCUACCGGGGUUUCCUUUACCUGAGGAUGCACCUUCAUUCCCUGGUUGGAAAGUCUACUAUGAAUAUCUUCAGUCUUAUACUGAGCAUUUCGAUUUGAAGAAGUAUAUAAAGUUCUUGCACCAUGUAGUAUCAGUAAAAAGAGAGGAAAAUAAAUGGAAAGUUAAACACAAAGAGGUGGUGACAAGAGAAGAAUUUGAAGAAGAGUAUGACUUUGUAAUAGUUGGUGUUGGACAUCUUAGCAAGCCUAAAAUGCCUUAUAUAAAGGGAGAAAAGAAAUUUCAAGGAACAAUAAUCCACAGUCACAGCUAUAGAAUUCAUGAUCCAUACAAAUGCCGCCGCGUCCUCAUCAUUGGGGCUGGCCCGUCAGGCAUGGACAUUGCUAUAGCACUUACUGACGUCAGCAGAAAGGUCAUCCACAGUCGUCAUACCUUCAUCAAGUUUAGGACGCCAUUCCCAAAGAAUUAUGUGAAGAAACCCGACGUAAAAGAGCUGAAUGAAACUGGCGCUAUCUUCGUUGAUGGCACUUAUGAGGAUAUAGACGACAUCAUUUAUUGCACAGGAUAUGAAUACGACUUCCCCUUUAUCGACGAGUCAAGUAACCUUACCAUAACGAAGAGUAGCGUCACUCCUCUUCACAAAAAUGUGGUGAACAUCUACCAACCCACCAUGGUAAUGUUGGGGUUGGUCGUACGCGCUUGUUUCGUGGUCGCUCUGGAUGCUCAGGCUAGGUAUACGACAGGACUCAUCACUGGGAACUUCAGUCUACCUUCACAAGAGGAGAUGAUGGCGGAAUGGCAGAAAAAAUAUCUUUCUCUUAGAGCUCAGGGCAGGCCGCUAUCUCACAUGCAUUCCUUAGGUGGAAACGAGGACCAAUACUAUGCAGAACUUACAGAGGAGUCCGGCAUUGAAAGAGUCCCACCAGUCAUGUUCAAGAUCCGCGCGAGUGACACCCGCGCUAUAGUCGAUAAUUUACUGACUUAUCGACAUUAUUCCUACAAAGUGCUGGAUAGUGAGCACUUCACUAGAACAUGGGAGGGUAACGAGAAUGAACAUGAACGAAAUAAAAGUUUCAGUAACUGUUAA